CCCGAACGGCGACCGCGCACAACACAACUCGCCUACCCCUCCCAACAGCCAAUGGAUAUAGGACAAUGGAGGAAGACUUCUUCUCCGACGGCGAAACGUUAGACGCCCUCCCAGAAGACGAGCUACAAGCACUCGAAGACGCCGCAAUCUCGAGCACCCAGGCGCGAGCAGCAGCCCAGCAAUCACACCCCCAAUACCAACAAUUCCCACCCCCACAACGACAGCAACGGCCACAACAACAGUGGCAACAACCUCCGCGAGGCCAGUACCUCUCACCCGCAUCUUCACUGCCAGCCGCGGCUCCGCCCGCCCAGCGAAGACCUUACCAACGACCUUUCAAGCCUCCGUUGCAACAACAGAGAUCAGUCGUUGAGUAUGAGACGCUUCCGACCCUACCGUACGUAUCUGGACCCCUGACAUCGCAGCCGGCUCAGCCCCCACCAGCAGAGGUUGAGGUUGAAGCUGCGUCUUCGGAUUACGGACCUAUUGACUUUGACCUCGAGAUUGCGGAGGAGUUGCUUGAUGAUGUUGCGCCGAGGGCGGAGGGUGAAAGGAAUAGUAUCGGUAUUGAUGGUGGCGGCGGCGGUGGGGAACAGUAUAUAUAUAACGAGGGACAAUUCAAUGGAGAGUACAUCGGCAGAAGGUACGCUAACGAAUAUGGAGAGCAUGUUCAAGAAGAUGGAGAUCACAGGAUGACGGGUGAGGAGGAGGGCAUCCUGAGUCGUCUGGAGGAGCUACGAGCCGAAAACACCCGUCUAGAAUCAGAACUAGCGACCCUGAAAGCCCAACAAGAAGCCGAACUCGUAUCGCUCCGACAAGUCAAGGACGGCGAAACAAGUAUCGUCCGCAGCAACUUGGCAAAGGAGAAAAAGGAGCACGCCCGAAUAAUCGCCUCCCUGACGAACCAGCACCAGGAAAACACCGACAAACUCAAUGCCCAAAUCGCAGAGAAGGAGAACGAGAUCAAUCGGUUAAAAACCACACACGCAUUCCUGGAGAAGGAGAACGCGGACUACGAGAAGCAGAUACGGAGUUCCAAGAAGGUCGUCAUUAGUAGCGGGAGGGUUGGCAGGAGCCCUAUUACUACCCCACGGAAAGGGAAGGGGAUGCAGCACAGGGAUGGAUUUGACGACGAUGAGAUCAUGAUGGGUGGGAGCCCCUCUACGGUGGCUGGGAGGAGGACGCCAACAAAAGGUAUUAAGAGGAAGAGGAUUGCUCAGGACAGCCCCAUCAUCCCGUUGCCGUUGAGUCAGCCUAGGGGGACAUCUACUUCUUUCACGGAAGUUCAGUGGCAGGUUGUUGAUGAGGCAUUGUUAGAGCGGAUGUUCCUGGAGGAUGAUCGGUUUGAUGUUUGUCCCAUUGAAGUAUCCGCGGGUUCCUUGAAUGUUGAAUCGCUGAUUGUAGAAGUAGUUCUUAAAAGCACUUGUGGCGCAUAG